UAACCAUGCUUUGUUUCAGUUGCUAGAUUGGUUGUAAUUGAAGAUCAGGUUGAUAUGAUUUCCGCCUAAGAGGAAAGUGAGAUGAGAGCAAUACAUUCCUAACCCUUAUCGGAUAUGAAUCAAACAAAACACAGUCCCUUCUAUAAAUAAACACCCUCCCCUGCUUUCCUUUUUCGUCACUACCCAACAAUGGGUCUGGAAUAGGUCAGUAACCUUAUGGUGAGUAAUCAUGAGUAACCCGUCCACAUCAACAUGACAUCAGCGUCCCUCUCUCUCUUGGAAAGCCUUUAAUUUUCCCCUCAUUAAUCUUUGAUGGAUGAUUUCUCACUCGUUUUAAGUUGAAAUUUAAUUUUUUUGCACAGUUAGAUCAGAUUAAUUAUGCUCUUCAAAAUGAUAUCCACUUUGAUAUAUUUUUCGAACAAAAAAAAUUAAGCCAUUUUUUACUAGUAUAUACCAUAUGGUAUUGACUGGUAUUGAAAUAAGAGCAUACCUAUGGUUUGAAAAGCGUACCAUGGUGGUAUGAAUAAACCAAGACUAUAGGAUGGUUGAAUACAUGAUAGUAGAAGUAUAUUAACUGUCAUUUACGACUUUUAGCAUUGUGUACCACAAGAUACCACCCCGUACCAGAGUAGUAUUGUGUGGUAUUGUUUGGUCCUGUAAUUUGUCCACCCAUAAAUUUGUAGAUCCAAUAGAUCAUGAUGAACUUGUUCCUUCUGUGCAAUCAUUUUCAAAAAUGAAUUUAAAACGAAGAAGUUACCAUAUGAUAUGCAUAGGGGUGGGCAACGGGAAACGGGUAUUUGGGUAUACCCGUACCUGUCCCGUUUUUUAAGGGUUACGGGUACCCAUAUUACCCGUAAUAUUUUAAACGGAUGGGACUUGGGAUUGUACAGUCCUAAUAUGGGUACCCGCGGGUUACCCGCGAAUACCCGUUUGGGUAAUAUGGGUACCCGUUGUACCCAUUCAAAUUACAAAGACAUAUAAUUCAGCCCAUGCGCCCAGGCCCAACCCAAUUCAAAAUCCAUUAAAAUUACAAAAUCCAUUUAAUUCAGCCGGUGAGAGUUGAGACGCUGACGCACCCCUAGGCCCUAGAAGAUGCGAGACACGCGACGGCAGGCGGCAGCUACUCUAGAAUUUGGAAAGGUCUGUCUAUGUCUUGUGUCUUGUCCCUGGCUGGAGGAUUCGUCUUCGCGGGACGAGAGAGAAGAGACGAAAGGUCGAAACCUAGCUCGCCUCGGGCCUCGGCGCCUCCUUCAUUCACCGCCGCCGCCGCCUCUGAGUGCGUGACUAAUUGUCUUUAGGUAAAAUGUCAUUUAAACUUUGGGUAUUUAUGGGUAGUAUGGGUACCCGUUAUCCGUCCCGUACGGGUAAUGGGUACCCGUUUCCCAUAUGGGUUUGGGAUAUGGGAUGGACUUUGGUCUCCAAAUGGGACUGGGUACCCAUUUAAAACGGGACGGGUAUCCCGUCCCGUCCCGUUGCCCACCCCUAGAUAUGCAGUUGGUAAGGAGAGGCAAGAAAUUUUUUUUUCUAAAAAAAUAUAGAAAAUGUAUAUCAUUUUGUAGAGCACAACGAACUCGUUCCAUCUAUGCAAAAAAAAAAUAAUAAUUAAAAUCCGAGUUAAAAUGAAAAAGAUAUGAGUCGAUUAAGAAAGCUAAGAAAAAUAAAAAUGACCUUUAAUUCUCCAUCCUUCUUGAGCCCCCAGCAAGCAAUUCGCUAUCAUCUCCAGAAGUCGGAAUGUGAGCAAUCCUCGAGAUCAACUUUCCAACAAUGGAGGAAAAGCCUUCGCUCGGAGUGCUCGCGGCACUCGACGCCGCCAAAACCCAAUGGUACCACUUCACCGCCGUCGUCAUCGCCAGCAUGGGCUUCUUCACCGACGCCUACGACCUCUUUUGCAUCUCCCUCGUCACCAAGCUCCUCGGCCGCAUCUACUACUGUUAUAAACGCGCUGCUACGGAUCGGGAAAUCGCCGGAAUCGAUAAAGCAAGAAUACGAAAGCGAGAAUCGAAAAACACAGAUGAUAGACCAUUAAUUGCACAUGUUUUUACCCCCAUUCUUGAGCCGUUUGAGAUGUUGAUUCUCGUGUUUUAGGCCGAUUUCACGCUAGGUUGUUUUUGUUUGUGAUAUUUCAGGUCCUAGUACGUGAAUGAAGGUUAGGGAGCGAGUUCGGGGUCGAUUGGACGAAGAUCGGACGUGUGGCGAGACGCUGAGGAAGCCACACGGGUACUCAUAAAACCCACACGACCGUGUAAGGAACCAAUGUGGCCUUGUGGGAUUUUGCGAGGCUUCACACGGGCAUACUGGAGAUUCCACACGGUCGUGUGUCCCUGGCCGUGUAGGUAGCCUGAAGUCCAUUUAUUCGAAACUCCGCGUUUUGACACUCACACGAGUAGCUGGGUAAGCCACACGGCCGUGUGGCCUGCCCGUGUGAGUCGGGAAUUCUGGUUUUAACCCAAUUUCGAGCCACAAGUGAGGAAAUCGACUUUUCAGAGAAAAAACAUAGCCCUAGAGAGAGAAAGUGCGAAGAACACACCCUAGAAGCGAUCUUGGAGCUGGGUUUCAUCAAAUCGAGCUUGGAUAUCAUCAUAGGAGUGAAAAUCAUCAUCCCAUAGCAGAUUCUUCCCAUUGUUAUGAGUAUGACUGGUUUGUAUUCUGUUUUUCUCUCUCUCUCUCUCUCUCUCUCUCUCUCUCUAUGGAGUAGAUUCUUCCCACUUGGGUAUGAAGAACCCUAGUUCCAUGUGUUAGGAUCAUGAUUGUAAUGACUUAGGAUUGCAAUACUGUUUGGUUUUAAUCGAAUGAUGCAUGAUUCAUUGAAUUGAUUGAAGUCUGAUCAGCUUUUCUUGAUUUCUGCUGCAACCUGAGAUAGAUAGAAUCUGAUUAGGUUGUUAGAGCUUCAUCAUUCGGUAGUAGUAGAUUGGCUAUACGAGAGUUAGUUAGUCUACUGCUUUGUACUGGAAUCCAAUUCCAGUAGUGGAGUUCUGUGCUUAUUGCUUCAGCUUUCUAUCUCGGUGAAGACUAGUCGUCUGCCGGGUAGUUAGACUGAGAGGGCUUGGUCAGCUUAAGAGAUUCCAAACUAUUGUCGGAUCUUCCGCAGUUUAAUCAACAGUAAAUCAACACAGGGUAAUUACAACUGAGACCUAACUAAGGAACUAGCGGUAGGGAUGGCAAUGGGUCGGGUUGGAGCGGGUUUUGUCAAACCCAAACCCAAACCCAUGGGUUUAUCUGCCAAAAAAACCCGGGGUAAAACCAGCUGGAUUUGAAAAACUCAAACCCAACCCGCUGGGUAUCCGCGGGUUCAUGGGUACCCGUGGGUUUUUGUGGUAAAAAAUUUACAAUAACAAGUUUCUUUCAAAAUAAAAGUUUAGCAUCAAU